AUGUCAAAAGUUUUCAAAAAAUUAAAAUUAUUUCAAAAAGCAGAAGUUGAAUCCAAAAUACCAAUUCCUAAUGAAAUUUAUAAUUUUAGAACAUAUUUAUUUGCAUUUUUAGCAUCAUUUGGUUCACAAAUCGCAGGUUAUGAUACUGGGUUCAUUGGUGGUACAUGUUCUCUAGACUCUUUCCGCGAUGAAUUUGGUAUUAAUGACAUGUCAAGUUCUUAUGCUACUUAUGUUGUAUCAAAUGUUAUUAGUGUUUUCCAUGUUGGUGCAUUUUUUGGUGCAUUUAUGGCAUAUCCAACUGGUGAAAAAUUAGGUAGAAAAAUUGCAUUAUUUAUUUCAGGGUUUUUAUUAACUUUUGGUGGUGCAAUUUCUUUAGCUUCAAAUGAAAGUACUGGAUUACAUGCAAUUUAUGCUGGUAGAGUUAUAACAGGUCUUGGUGUUGGAUUUUGUUCAGGUAUUACACCAAUGUAUGUUUCAGAAAUUAGUCCUCCAGCUAUUCGUGGUAUUUUAACAGGGAUUUGGGAAUUUCAAUGGCAAAUUGGUGGAUUAAUUGGUUAUUGGAUUAAUCUUGGUGUUAGUCAACAUAUUAAAGAUCCAAAACGUCAAUGGAUGGUUCCAUUUGCUGUUCAAAUUAUUCCAAGUGCAAUUUUUUGGAUUGGAAUUUUCUUUUUACCAGAAAGUCCAAGAUGGUUAAUUAGUAAAUAUAAAAGAUCAAAAGCUGAAGAGAAAUUAGCUUAUAUUACAAAUUUAUCAAUUGAUCAUGAAUUUGUUCAAUAUGAAUUAAGUAUUAUGGAAGAAAAAAGAGAUUUUAAAAAAUUAAAAUAUGGUGAAGGAAUUUUCCAACAAAUUAAAUCAGUUGUAACUUCACCAAAAUAUUUAAAAAGAUUAUUUUUAUCAACUUCAACAUUCAUUUUACAAAAUUCUGCAGGUAUUAAUGCAGUUACUUAUUAUUCAGUUACAGUUUUCAAAAGUAUUGGACUUUCAGGUUCAGAUGCUAAAUUAUUAUCAACUGGAUUAUUUGGUGUUAUUAAAUUACUUGCAUCUAUAUUUUGGUUAGCUAUAAUUGUUGAUAAUUGGGGACGUCGUGCAGCGUUUUUCUAUGGUUGUAUUCCAUGUGCUAUAACAAUGUAUUAUUUAGGUGCAUUUAUUAAAAUUACAGAUCCUGCUUCAAAAUUAAGUUCUGGUCAAACUCAAUUAGAUUCAGCUGGUAAAGCUGCAUUAGCAAUGUUUUAUAUUUGGACAUUUGCAUAUGGUGCUACAUUUAAUGGUACAUGUUGGGUUUAUUGUUCAGAAUUAUUUGAUCAAGAUGUUAGAUCAUUAGUUAGUGGUAUAAACGCAGCAAGUAAUUGGUUAUGGGCAUUUAUUUUUGCAAGAUUUACAGGUAAUAUGUUUGAAGCUAUGGAUUAUGGAGUUUAUUUCUUAUUUGCAGGAUGUAUGACCGUGGCACCAAUUAUAAUUUAUUGUUUCUUCCCAGAGACUAAAGGUGUUCCAUUAGAAGUUACAGAUCAAUUAUUUGAAGUACCAGCUUGGAGAGGUCGUAGUUAUGCAUUAAGUCAAUUAUCUUUAUUGAAUAGAGAAGCUUUAGAAAAGGAAAAGGCAAUUAGUAAAGAUGAAGAAGAUAGUGCUGAUGUUUCCAAUUGA